AUGGCUGCCACGAACGGAGCCGGGGAGGCCGAAUUUAAGGCCAAGAUCCGGGAGUACCUCGACCUUACCCUUCCGGAGUGCUUCAUCCCGGAGCUUGGGGAGCAGAAGCAGGGCAAGGUUCGAAGCAUUUACUUCUCCGGAGAGAAUGUGGUCAUGGUCACGAACGAUCGUGUCUCAGCCUUCGAUUAUAUCUUGCCGAACCUCAUUCCUUUCAAAGGCCAGGUCUUGAACAUGAUCAGCGAGUGGGCCUUCAGCCAGACCAAGGACAUCAUCCCCAAUGCUCUGAUCGAAAAUGUCGAUGCCAGUGUAGUGGUCCAAAAGAAGAUGAAAAAUCUAAACGUGGAGCUCAUUGUGCGAGGCUACUUGUGGGGAAGUAUGGCAGCGGCUUAUGAGAAGGGCGACAGAACGUUUUGCGGCUUGAAGCUUCCGGAUGGGCUGAUCCGCUUCCAGAAGCUGGACAAGCCCAUCUUCACACCCACGACCAAGGCCGAAGUGGGUCAUGAUGAGAACAUGACGAUGGAAGAUAUGGAGAAGAUUUUGGGUAAGGAGCUCGCUCAAAAGGCCAUGGAGGCUGCCAUGAAGCUCUUCCAGCGAGGAUCCGAGCUGAUGCGAAAGCGGGGGCUGCUGCUCCUGGACACCAAGUACGAGUUUGGGUUGGACGACAAGGGUGUGAUCCACGUCAUCGAUGAGGUGAACACCCCAGACUCCUCGCGCAUGUGCACAAUCGAGGAGUACGACGCCAAGUACCCCAAGAUAGCUGCGGAGAUGAAGACCGGCAAGUAUGCCAAUGUCACCGAGCUUAUGAAGGCCAAGCCCGAGAUGAAGAUGAAGGAGUUCUCGAAACAGUAUGUUCGGGAUGCGCUGCUGGACCUGGGCUUCGAUCCCACGAAGGACAAGAGUGCUCCGAAGCUCAGUGACGACCAGGUCGUCGAGUGCGCUUACAGGUACAUCAAGAUCUACGAGACAGUCACCGGGAACAAGUUCCAGUUCCCACCGAAGAUGGCGCCAGAGAAGAGGAUCAUUAGCAACCUGUCACGGACCGGGAUGAUCCGGGGCUGCCUGGCUCUGCUGGCCGUUGCAACGGAUGCGGACAAGCAACAGGCGGAGACCAUCAGAAAGGAUCUCGAUGCGUUCAAGAUUCCCUCUCGGCAGGGGGCUCCAGCACCAUGCAAGAUAUGUCCAAUUUGUAUCAGAGUUCAGAGUACGGGUAAGGUCUGA